AUGGAGCAGACAGAUUCCUUCCUGGGCCCAGGGUCUUGGUGGAGGAUGUCUGGGCAUCGCUGGGAGUGGGACAGGGACCUGGGCCCCACGCUCUUUUACUCCCCGUCCCCAUGCUUGCUGCACCCUCUGCACGGCCCAGGAGGCACUCUGUGGUCCCACCUGCUCUCCCAGCCGUGCCUCCAACAGCCUGGGACUAAGUCUGGUUCCAGCCUGGAGAGGAUGAAGGCUCAGCUCAACUCCCGCCUCAGCCUCAGGACCCCAGGUCGCCUCCCGCCUGGCCACACCUGCUUGCAGGACGGAAUCCCCCUGGAGCCUCCCCGGACUUCUCAGAGCCUUACCCCGGCCAGGGGGGCCGCAGCCAUCAGACCCCAGAGAGAGGCUGAAGGUGAACCCUCAGCCGGGACCAGCCCUUCCUGUUCCUGGGACCUUCCAAAGGCCCCAGGUGGCCACCUGCACCACCAAGCCAGGCGGGGGCCCGGCCAGAGCUCUGAUCCGGGGCCCCCUCGGGGGCUCCCCUGGGUUCGUGCAGGGGCUGGCCGGGUGCUGGGGCGCUGUGGCCGAGGCAGAGGUCAGAGCCGCCCCUCAACCGGUGGGACCACCUGGAGUGUGAGGGAGGAGCAGGUGAGGCAUUGGGCGGCCGAGAUGCUGGUGGCCCUGGAGGCGCUGCACGAGCAGGGGGUGCUGUGCCGGGACCUCAAUCCCCGGAACCUGCUCCUGGACCAGGCAGGCCACAUCCGGCUCACGUAUUUCGGCCAGUGGUCAGAGGUGGAGCCCCAGUGCUGCAGGGAGGCUUUGGACAAACUCUACAGUGCCCCAGAGGUGGGUGGGAUUUCUGAGCUGACCGAAGCCUGCGACUGGUGGAGCUUUGGGUCUCUGCUGUAUGAACUGCUGACGGGAACGGCGCUGUCCCAGAGCCACCCCUCAGGAAUCCAACCCCACACCCAGCUCCAGCUGCCCGAGUGGCUCAGUCGCCCCGCAGCCUCCCUGCUGACUGAGCUGCUGCAGUUUGAUCCCGCGGGGCGCCUGGGCGCUGGAGGAGGCGGUGUCAACAAACUCAAGUCCCACCCCUUUUUCAGCACCAUCCAGUGGAGCAAACUGGUGGGGUAACCGGAGGGGGUGGAGUAGGCGAUGGAAGCAGCUGGACUGGUCUGGAUAUCCUCUCUUCUCUUUGCCUGCCAUCCAGAGCUGGCCCUUCUAAUCAGCGGCCCUCGGGCAAAAAAUGAAAGGCAGCUUGCCUUUCCUGGUCGGGCCCCUCCCUUGGGCCUCAGAAGUCUCUUCACUGACCAGGAAGGGCCUACGGAGUCCCCCAGCCACGUCCUGGAGAAACCCUUCCUAGACGGUGCUGAGCGGGAGGGAAAGAGAGAUCUCAGCCUGUUAGGCAGCUUGAACCCCUCCACCCAUCAGUCAACAGUCACCUGCUGAGUGCACACCCUGUACUUGAACUUGGACCUAUCAUGUUAAAAGGUGCCUUCCUUUGCAUUAGCUCUGAGCUACUGACCACCUGCUGAGCCGUGAAAUUUUGUGACUCAUUAUCUGCCAUGUGUCCCACUCGGGAUGUCUCUGGAGACUCAUCUCAGGAUACUUGUCCACUGGCUCAGUGGUCCCAAACCAGGGCUGCCCUGGCUGGUCAU